CCCGCCACCAGUGCACUCCGAACGGCCGCGGUAGCCACACGCGAAACACAUCACCGCCCUUACUACCAUCAUGGUCAUAGUGUACAUACUAUUUUUGGCAUAAAACGACUUUAAACAUACUUACUAACGAAUCACAUAUUGCACAAAUGAAACUAGAUGUACAUUAUGGCCACCGUAUGGUAGGGAGGCGCGUCGCCGCUAAAUCAUGUUUGGUUCGGAUUCGUAAGUGGUUGGACGGCUCUAGAAAAAAAUCACGAAAUGCUCUUCCCCUGUCUACCAACAAGAAGAAGGCGCAAGCAACUGCCGGUUCCAACGCUAGUAUCCUAGGCAGCCCACCGAACUCAGGACGCAAGGUGCAAGCUCAGCGCAAGUUCGCGCAGGGAGCCAUCGUGCCGCACUCGAACAAUGUGCCGGAUCGCAGGCGUGACGUUACGCCCAGAGAAGACCAGGGCCAUCGAUUGGGUCAGAACACCAUGGUCAAGAUGCACGCCAAGAACCUUCUCGACGUGGUUGCGUUUAAAAACAUGCAUAGUCACUUGCAACCGUUUGUACUACUAAAACGACUUCCCGAAUCUUCCGUCGAGAACGGGAAUCAGUCAGCCGAGAAGGAGAGGGGUCCAGAAAGCAGUAACAGCGCUACAAUGACGCCCGGCUUGUACAAACGGCUUGCGCGGACCAAACAGUUGGCCAAUAUGAAAACUAAACAAAUGCACACGAUGAAACUAAGGUCACGCCAAGUACAACAGCCGAAGAAUGUGAUUAAGAACAACAAGAGGAAGCUAGAACCACCGCCGCCGACAAGGGCAAAGCGCCGGCGCGUCAUGCAGCCCUCUAUCUCGGAGUACAGCGUGGACGACUACAAGCCGCUCACGUACUUCACCACAAGACAGACACCGCCCGUGACGCGCUCUAAGCCGAGGCCGCCAUUGCCUGGACGAGCUGGGGCCACUGUCAAGACUAAGGUUAAAGAUAACAGUAAGUCGAAGACGCCUGCUCCGGUACCUUCCACAGUAACGUCGUGCGAUAUGUCUCACUCGGAGGAGCUGCUAGCCAACAUAUCAUUAGCGAUGGACCGGCGCGUCAUCUGCCACGCGGACCUCUUCAACUUCAGCAGUGGAAUGCCGAGCGACCUCAACGAGAAGCUCAUUGCUAACGGCCUGAAGCCAAUAGACAGGGCACAGGCUUCACGCUUAUUCGUUAAGCUGGACGGGCCGUACUAUAGCAGCUCACAGAUCGCGCGCUGGGUCGACACCUGCACCCAGACCGCGGCUCCUUCCGGCGACAGCUCCUCCGAAAUAUUCAAAACGCCGCUGCCCCCACCGCCGAUGACGAGGCAGAUCAGAGAGCCGAGCUUGGAUAUCAUAACAAAAUGCGAAGAAGACACCUUAUCCACCGUCUCGCAUUUCACCCAUUCCACUUCUCUCACCCCCUGCCCCAAAUCUCCCGUCCCUAUUCCCGCUAUAUACGACUGCCCCUCCAAUAAGUACAUGACCGUGACAGACGUUCUGCGCGCUUCCCAAGCAGAGAAGGAAUCUAGAUGUAACGAGUGCACGGGGUGCAACAGAGUGGAGAAAGUGCACAAGAUAGAGGCUCUCGUGACCUCGCCACUCGGUGGUAAAAACGAAUUGAUUGAAGAUAUAUAUGAAUUCAAACCCUCUGACGAUUUAGAUUCCUCGGAAGUGCAUUUGGGUCGGUACAGGGGGAGGCGAUCGAACAGGGAAGGCGACGCGAAAUCUUGUUUGCCUUCAACAAGUACUUCGACCGAUGAACAUUACAACCUUAAUAUUCUUCCCGAAAACAGCACCCAUAUUAUUCAAAUUAUAUGUGUGAAAGAUAGUAAAACUAUCUUACGCGCCAGCUUCGUUCCAAAGUCUCUAGCGAAUUCCGCUAAAGAGCUAUUGUUGAUCGAAGACGAGAGCUUGCUCGACCAACUAGUAACAAAUCUUACAGCUACCAAGCAUAAUGAAAAAAUGGUGACAACGGAUGGUGACAACGUGAUGAUAGCUGACGAAUAUACUGAAACAGAGCCAGUUACACUGGAGGCACCGGUUACCCAAGCUGACUUGGAGCCGAACACCAACUCUAGCCGAAAGAAGCCAACACCAAGAGCUGUUAGACUGGAGCAACGAAAAAUACCAAAAAGAAGUUCAAGCGGUCCCGGCCCCUCAGUAUCCAAGAAUACACCAAUUGGCCACACAGAUGCACAGUCUAAUUUAGUCGUCAUGUCAGACGUCAGCAUGCCAUCGACAAACGGCACUACUAUGCCACGACUACACGAAACCGAUAACUAUCGUCCUGAAAGUGUCAUUUCUAAUGCAACCGAUACGCAGGCAGGAGAGAGUACAUCGUUUCAGGAAGACUGUGUUACAGAUCUUGACGCUCAAUCUAGCCGCGCCUCAACUUCCAACAGACCAUUCGCUAAUAGUAUCGAAAAUGUUGUCUCUCUCCAAUCAGAAGUGAUACCUGAUACACCAGAACCGCCUAAAGAACGGGAAACAAGAAGCUCCGAAGCGACAAAGACAAACAAUAAAACCACAUUUCCAAGGAGUUUGGAAGGCGCUAAGUGUGUGGACGCGCCUGUCUUUUAUCCGACCGAAGAGGAAUUCCAAGAUCCGAUAGCCUACUUCGAUAAAAUAAUGCCGGCCGCUGCCAAAUUUGGACUGUGCAAAAUAGUCGCUCCAGCCGGGUUCAAACCCACAUGCGUCAGCAACGACAACAUCCGGUUCAAUGUGAUGAAUCAAUAUGUGGCGCGGAUGUACAGCCGCUGGGGGCCAGCACAGCGGGAGAUGUCCGCCAUUAAGGCUUACCUCGCGUCACAGAGCGUCCGCUUCAUCAGGGCGCCGCUGCUGGACUGCAUGGAGGUUGACCUGCCGAAGCUAUACCACAUGGUACAGCACAACGGCGGUCUGAAGAAGGUAAUUGAGAAGAAGCGAUGGGCGCGCGUCGCCAGCGAAAUGCGCAAUAGCAGGAACCUCUCGCCAGGCAAGAAGCUCGACUACAUAUAUGUCAAGUAUAUCCUGCCGUACGGGACGCUCUCGCACGCGGAACGUCAAGACAUGAUGCGUAAAGUGGACCAUUGCUGGUACAAAAAGAACCAAAAAAUGCUCGACCGGGCAUUGAACCCGUUGCACAGACAGAAGAAGAUGCUCGGCGAAUCGGACUCGUCAGCCGAUGAGGAGGAGGAUGAUGACGAGGAAGUGAACUUCGCUCUGCUGGAGUCCGAGGACUGCGUCGUUCUCGGACGGAACAUGAACCUCGCCAUGUUCAAGAGGACGGCAGCGAAUGUGAAGAUGGUGCAGUUCCCGCGUACACCGAAGCCCAAGGCCGGAGACAUAGAGUCGAAGUAUUGGAAGACCGUGCUGCUUGGCACCGACCACGUAUGUGUGAACUCCGCCUCGAUCGACACCGGCAACGAGGGCUACGGAUUCACCAAAAACAAGAACGACCCCUAUGGCAAGCACCCGUGGAAUCUGAAGAUGGUGAGCCAGAACCCGGGCAAUGUGUUGCGGUCGUUGGGACCGGUGAUGGGUGUGACAUCGCCUACGCUGCAUCUCGGCAUGUUAUACUCCACCAGCUGCUGGCAUAGAGACCCUCACGGACUGCCCUGGGUUGAAUACAUGCAUACGGGACCCAGGAAGAUAUGGUACGGCAUACCGGGCGAGCAAAGCGAGAACUUCCGCAGCGCGGUAGAGAAGUUGUGCCCCACAUCGUGCCAGAACAAGUCGAUAUGGCUGCCCUCUGACAUCACCAUGAUCCCGCCUAACUUACUUUGCGAACACAACGUGUCUCUGUCUCGGGUCACGCAGGAGCCCGGCACGUUCAUCAUAGUGUUCCCGAAGGCGUACUCCUGCUCGAUAGCAACGGGAUACACGCAGUCCGAGAGUGUGUACUUCGCCACUAGCUCCUGGUUGGAUAGUGUUCAUCAUAUAUUCCAGGAGCUGCGACAGAGCUGCGAGCCGACGAUGUUCUCGCUGGAGCAGCUGCUUAUGAGCGUCGCCAAGGACUCGCGCGUUUCGCUCAGGAUCCUGCAGAAGGUUCACUCGCAUCUCAGCCCGAUAGUGAAUGAGGAGCUGGCCAACCGGCGCACUCUCGCCGAAAGGGGGGUCAAGUUCACCAACACUGAGAGCCGCAACCGCAAACCGAACACGUGCCGCCGCCCCAGGUGGAACUCUCGCGGGCAGGACGAGUGCGAAAUUUGCCGCACCACGCUCUACUUCUCAAUGGUGACGAACACGGCCGGCAAGCGUAUAUGCUUGUGCCUGCAGCAUGCCCUGCAGCUGAUGGAUGCGCCGAAACAAGACUCUACUACGGUGUACGAGGUGGUUACCGUCAUCAGCGAUGCCGAGCUGCAGACCACCCUCGCCAACGUGCAGAAGCGAUUGUCGCUAUAAACUGCAACAGGUGGAAGUAACGAACGUAAUUCUAAAUUUGUCGCCCUGAGAUGCCGGCCGAGACAAUAAAAAGACAUUUUGAACAACACGAUUGUAGAACGGCAUCUUCUCAGCGGCUUUACUUUCUCAUUAAGGUUUUUUACUUGGUAUUGGUAAAAUGUUGUCGGGGCUGGCCGUCGCGUAUCUUGUUUUGUUGGAUUUGCUGACUGUUUUGGAUAUGUGGAUACAGCCCAUUGGGCUGGUGUCUAGGUGACCCGAUUGUGUCACAUAGGGCUGUCACUAAUCCCCCUAGGCACCGUAGAAAAUGCCGCCCCAUCACCAAAUUUAACAUUAGUUUUUUUUUUUUAUUUAUACGCCGAAUUCCCCGCCUUAAAAAAUUUGCUACCUUAUACACUAGCCCCUAGUUCUUUUAGUAUAAUUUCAACGUUGAUUUUUAAGUCAAACUGUGUUCUAUUGAAUUAUAGUUUUAGGAUCAGGAUUGAUUUGUAAAAUGUUUGCUGGUCAAAGCCAGCCUUAGCUGCAUAAUAUCCUUUAUGUUUUGUGGGAUUACUUGCCCAUUUCAUGGUAUUUGACGGUUGAUCAAUCAGGCAUCUUAUAACUGAUUGUAUCUAGGUUUUUACUUGUUACUUAAACUUUUAGAUCUUCAUUAUCAUUUUUUUAACCAUUAACAAUGUUAAUGGAUAAAAAAAAAUUAGAGAAUUUAUUUAUUUUGACAAUGGAGUAAUUUCGUUUCUCUGGAAUUUUGAACGAAUUUGACAAUCUCAGGGAUAUACGAGCUAAGUGCACUCUGUUGAAAGCAGCACUGAUUUUCUUUAAGACUGCGAUUAAUUUCACCAUUAAGGAUUGUUAGUAGGUAAGAAAAUACGUAACUAUUUGAUUAUUAAUUACCAUAAAAGAUAUUAGUCUCUAUUUUAAGUUCUAAACGAAUUAAUGUCAACAUAAUUUGAACUUAGUUUUCGCCCGUCUUAAUCAAAUGGGUGUGAAAUUAAAAAAUAAUAUUAUCGCGAUAAUAAAGUCCGGCAAAGAUGCAUUUGUGAUUAUUGAUUUUAAUGCAGUAUAAUUAUUAAGUCAUCCGUAACUUAGGUCAGCAAGUUAAAUAGCUUCCAGAAAAUGAAUAGCAAUCUUAAAUGGACAAGUAUUAUACUAGGUGGUAGGUCUUAUAUGCAAGGGGCCGCCUGGGUAGGUACCACCACAGUGUCUAAUUCUAUCGCUAAACAGCAGAGUGCAAGCAGUGUUGUGUUACGGUUUGAAGGGCACUGUAGCCAGAUUAAUUACUGGGCAUUGUGAGACUUAACGUCUAAUGUCUCAGUGACGUGUGAUACUUCACGCGUGUACACCACAAUCAAGUUUAAAGUAUUCAGUGUGAUUGCUAUUCUUUUUGCGCAGGCGCCUUGUCGAACGUCGGAUGACUAGCUCAUCUUAUCCCCAUAGGGUUUUAAAAUAUACAACACUGUCAGGUCUACUACUAAAUGAAAAAAAUACAUUUUAGGCAUACAAUGUUACUUCUGUAGGCAUCCUGAUAUAUGGAACCUUUCCCCUAAGAAGUCAUACUUAAUAAUGUUUCCUUUUUAGUGACGUAGCUUACACACUUCUCCCAAUAUGUUUUUUAGCAUUUUCUGAAAAAAAUAAUUGAAAUACAUUCCAACCAAAUAAUGGUAAAUAUAUUUUAAUCACCCCUGUCUGAUUGUUGACGUUCUUUGACCAAAUGGAUGAUAGUGACAGCACAAGGUUCUGAAUUAUCAUAACAAAAAUUGACAUAUCUGUCGAAUAACUAUAUUAUUUUUAUUUAACCGUAUGGCUUAAUGGUUCUACCAACACCGACUCUCCAAGGUAAAUAUAGUCGUACUUCUCUAUCUUAACUAGUCGAUAUACUAAAGUAUUAUAAUAUAUACCUGAAAUAUAAUUUCAAUCUUUAUCUUCACUAGCCGAGAAGAAAAUUCGGCUCAUGUCGAACACACGUUGUCUAAGUCCCUCAAUUAAUUCGCUCUCGAUUCGCCGUUCCUGUGAUUGUAUGUAGAAUACUUUACCAAAGCAGUAUACCACUUAUAAGAGGUCGCUGGGCACAUAUACAUUUUUUUAACAAAGCCCCAUUGUAAAUGGCACUUUAUAUGAGAUUACUCCAAAUGGUAUUGGUCUUCUUUCAAGAUCUAUAAUUACUCAUCAAUUGCAGAUUUAAAUAAGUGUCAUAUCUAGAUGUCAUUCCAACAGUAACUACCAACAUACAUAUCGAUCUCUAACUAACUGUGAUAUAAAACACAAGCUUAACCGUUGUUAAACUCAGUGAAACAUACAUACCAUUCCGAUUGUUUUAUAAAAUGAUUAUAAAAACAAUGAACAGCAUGAUAGUGACUUUUGAAUGCAUUUAAGGUGCCCAAAGACAGAAUUAGAUGAAAAAUAAAAUAGUUAUAAAUCGGUUUUAAUUUAAACCCUUGUGAACUACACAACAAUAUUUAGGCUGUUCACAAGAAGAAACGAAAUUACUUUACAUAAUCAUAACAUGAAAACAUUGAAAAAUUAAUUGUUUUUGUUGUGAAUUAAAUUAAUUUUAACAUUGGACGCAAAAUUACUACCGACCGGAUUUGUUAAGGUACAAGGUAUUCGGAAUUAUUAACAUAUGUAAUCAUAGAGGUAGUGGAUAUGCUCGCGGUCAAAACCUGCCUAACCCUCCAGUUUUCAUUGUCUUGUAGUGUUAUAAUUACUUUAUAGUAAUUAUGUACUUAUGUACAGCCUAUGUUGAAAUUUAAAUAAUAAUUUAUUCCUGCCGAUUUUUCUUAUAAUGUACCUAACUGCAAUAACAUAGGAAGCGUUGAUGCCACGUACAUUUCCCGUAAGUAUUGAUAGUAUUAUUUUUGAUGCAGUACGUCCGUGCAGUUUCUGAUCACGAGCAUGCAUUAGAGACUUAGCUAGUCCUCUACAAUUGGACGGUUUUGAUUUGCCACAUUCCCUUGAGUUCUCUGCGUUCAGAUUAUCAUUGAGUGUGUAAAUAUUUUACAAUGGGGUAAACAGUUUAGAUAAAUGCUGUUUUC